UGUUAGCAGAGCCACUUCCGAAGGCCGUGUCUGUCAGUGUUGCCGACAAACGUAACACCGAAAUGUUAUCUCUCCGCCAACUUUGCCGUGGUCAAACUUUGGCCAAAUUUAUACGGUUAAAUCAAGCAUGUAUGUACUCGGCAGUACCCCAGCCUCUGAGACAACCCGAAGUGAAAACCGCUAAGCUAUUCAUCAACAAUGAGUGGGUGGACUCUGCCAGUGGCAACUUUCCAACUAUCAACCCUGCUACUGGGGAGGUCAUUACCGAAGUGGCCGAAGGAGACAAGGCAGAUGUAGACAAGGCGGUGGUUGCAGCUCGGGAAGCAUUCAGGCUUGGGUCACCCUGGAGACGAACAGACGCUGCAGAGAGAGGUAAUCUGCUGAGACGUCUGGCGGACUUGAUCGAGAGAGACCGUGCCUACCUGGCUUCUCUGGAGACUCUUGACAAUGGAAAACCUUAUCAAGUGGCAUAUGCUGCAGACUUGGAUCUGGUGCUCAAGUGUUACAGGUACUACGCUGGAUGGGCAGACAAGAACCAUGGGAAGACUAUUCCAAUUGGGGGGGAUUAUUUCUGUUACACACGUCAUGAGCCGGUGGGAGUUUGUGGACAAAUUAUUCCAUGGAACUUCCCCCUCUUGAUGCAGGCGUGGAAACUUGGGCCGGCACUGGCCAUGGGGAACACUGUGGUGAUGAAGACUGCUGAGCAGACCCCUCUGACCGCUCUGUAUGUGGCAGAACUUGCUAAGGAGGCAGGAUUUCCCCCUGGUGUGAUCAACAUCAUCUCUGGCUACGGCCCUACAGCAGGAGCAGCCAUUGCUGAGCACAUGGACGUGGACAAGGUAGCCUUCACUGGCUCCACGGAGGUUGGCCAGUUGAUUCCACAAAUGGCUGCCCGCAGCAAUCUGAAGAAAGUCACGCUGGAGCUUGGUGGGAAGAGCCCCAACAUCAUCCUCUCAGAUGCCGAUUUGGAUACAGCUGUUGAGCAGGCUCAUUUUGGGCUGUUCUUCAACCAGGGCCAGUGUUGCUGCGCCGGCUCGCGCAUCUUUGUGGAGGAGAAAGUGUAUGAUGAAUUUGUGGCGCGCAGUGUGGACAGGGCAAAGAAAAUGUCUCUUGGGGACCCCUUUGACCCCUCAACAGAACAGGGCCCACAGGUGGAUAAGGAACAGAUGGGUAAAAUUCUGAACCUGAUCCAAAGUGGCAAGAAGGAGGGUGCUAAGUUGCAUAUCGGAGGGGAGAGACAUGGAGACAAGGGUUACUUUGUACAACCCACAGUGUUCUCUGAUGUCACAGACAACAUGUCCAUUGCAAAAGAAGAAAUUUUUGGCCCAGUGAUGCAGAUCAUGAAGUUUAAGAACAUGGAAGAGCUGAUAGAGCGGGCUCACAAGACGGUUUAUGGCCUGGCUGCGGCUGUCUUUACCCGUGAUGUGGAGAAGGCUCUGUACCUCAGCAACAGCCUAAGGGCAGGCACUGUGUGGGUGAACUGUUAUGAUGUGUUUGAUGCGGCUGCUCCAUUCGGCGGGUACAAGAUGUCUGGGAAUGGUCGUGAGUUGGGAGAGUAUGGCCUGGAGGCGUACACAGAAGUGAAAACGGUGACCAUAAAGAUUCCACAGAAAAACUCUUAGACAUGGAGGAUAAGGUUUUUGUAUCAGCUUUUUAAUGUUUUUAUGUCCAGAUAGAUCCAUCCCUCUAAUUGCCAUUAUAUUUCAUGUAAAAAUAUUUGAUAUUUUUCAUAGCAAGCAGCGUUGUGACUUGUUUCACUGGAAACGACUGGGAGAGUCCCAAAAUGACCACUUUAUUUUAGAUACAUCAUAUAGAUGUAUUUUAAUUGUUAAAGGAAUACGUUUGCAACAGAUGUUAACUAUUAGUGUUCAGUUUACAAUGAUAAUAACGUCCUUAAUACAUGUAUGUCUCUACUUUUGUGGUAUCCUGCUGUUGUUAUAAAAGGACCUUUUUUGAACAGUAUUAUAGCCUAUUUCUCUCCUUUUUCAUCAGAAUUGUGUCAUGUCUGUUUGCAAAUCUACACAAAUGCAUAACAAAACCAUAAAGUGUGUAAAUUUUCUUGUUCUCUGCAUUUAUUGGGUCCGUGUGAAGUCUGCAAGUUUUGGCAAUGUGUCCUGGCUUAGCACAGUCGCAUCAAGUCUGUGACGGAGUCCAGGUAUUUGGUGUCAGAAGAAAGAGUGGCUACAUUUUUUAGUCCGAUGCUCUGGGAGGGAACUUUAGGGAAAACUGUACAGUUAUGAUCGCGUGUGGAAGUCAUUUAUACUUAAGGAGACCACUCUUACCCUUUUCGCAGCAUGUUGGAUUUAUGUAUGACUGGGUGGAACUGAGAACGUCAAAUCUUCUGACAAAUUGUAGCAAAGAGCUAAAUAUUUUCAACACCCCUUUAUAUAGAGAACGGACAAAGGUGCUUAUAUAACUGUUGUACAACUGCUGCAUGAUGUUGACCCUCUACCACUGUCUGCAGGAAAAAAAAACACACACACACACAAACUUUAUGCAUGAUUUUUACUGCUGUUAUGUUCAUGAAAUGCUGAGAUGAAAUUUACAGCAUUACGUGUAAAAGCUGUUAUGUAAUUUUUGUAGUUACAUCCAAUUUCACCAGGAAUGACUCAUUUGCUCAUGCAAGUUUAACAUGCUUAAUACGGUCAAUGUAAAUACAUGUAGUUUGUUGGCUCAGGUUGAUGUUAAUGUACACCUAUUAUGUGUAGAACAAUAGUAUAUUACAUCCAUUUUAGUUCAGGUGACUAUUAUGAGAUUGGUCUUGUGUAUCGGCUUGAAAGCAGAUUCUUCUCUUAUUUCCUCUAUGUAUUUUGCUUUCUAAAGGUUCCUUUUGUGAUUUGACGCAUGCUGUCUUUAAGGUUGGCUCAAAUGUUGCAUUUUGAAUAUUUUUAUUGUUAUCAAUUUUUUUUUUACCUGAUCAGGUGUUUUACUGUGUUCACAUGCAUAUGCGAUAUGUGAAUGUAUGUAUAUGCUUAAGCAACUGAUGGAAGACUUAUAUUUUUUGGGAGUUUGUGAAGCUCCUCUACUGACGAUCUAAAAGAUGCAUCUCUAAUGCAUUACAUGGAGGAAUUUUGCAAAUGUAACAGAGUGCAAGUGAGAGAUGUGUCAUCCAGAUUUUUUGGUUAUGUGGUUGUGCUUUUUAAAAUUAAUCAUUCAGAAGAGUAAAAAAAAAAGGGGGGUGUCCCGUCAUAAAAUCUGACUUUGCCCCAAUUCAACAACAGUGGGCCUGGGUGAGCUACCAUGCCUUCAUGUUUGGUUAACAGUAACUUAAAACAUGAGCCCAGGGCAAAACAAAAAGCGACGAUGAUAAUUAAAACUUCCUGUCAACUUUUGUAUCCUCGCCUUGAUCCAGUUUUAGGAUUAUUAUGUGACAGCCAUACCACUGAGUAUGUACUUUUAAUAUAAUAAAAUUAACCAUUUUCAUCACA